AGUUUCACUACAACCGAGCGAACAAACGCCCGGUCGCCCGCCGACCCGCAAAUAACCACAAAUUUAUACAAAUAUAAAAAAAAUAUUCACUUCACAUAGUUGUCUUGACUUGAUUAAAUGAUUAAUGCCAUUAAAGUUAUAGAUCAAAGUGAUGGUAUAAACAAAAUCAUAGUUAUUAGUUGUUGUGAAGAAAGUGUUUAAGAAGAAAGUUCAAUUGAAAUAGUAAAUGGUAUUUUUGUUUAGUGAGUUCUUGAUUUGAAGAUCUGGACUGUGUUUGUGAAUUUGAAAGUAUUUCCUGGUUUAUAGGUACACCAUCUGAAGAAGGCGAUGUGAAGAUUGAAAGAAAAAAAUUCCGAACCAAUAUUUAACGUUUGUCGCGAGCGCUAUGUGAAGAUAACAUCAUGUUGCUGAACCUUUGCAAAUCAUGUCAAUACUGCCUGGAGAGCCUGUACUGGUCAUGCUGCGAGGAGAGGUUUUGUUUUGACAAAAAGAUCGCCACUUACACAUUAGAAGAUGAAAAAGCGCAAGCAAACGGCUACGCCAACAUGGGCGCCAGUUUGGACAGCGUAGUCACACAACAGCCCAAUAAUAACAAUCACCUGCCGCAGACUGCCAUCGUCAGCAGAGAGGUUAAUGAGCUACCUCUCCAUGCUGACAAAUUGUACGAGGUUUUCUCUAAAUCACUGAUAUUUAGAGAUGAACACGAAUUGAAAAAAGGCAGCACCAAUUCAUUAGAUGAAUUAGAAACUAAGUCUGAGCCAGAUUAUUUAAUGGACAAACCUAAUAGAACGAAGGUUUAUUUCGAGGACGAACUAGAUUCACCUGUCACAGACUUUGAGAUUAUGUUCAAAGAUGAACUCAAUUACGAAAUGUUUAAAAUAGAAGAGGAAGAAGAAGAAGAACGCAGUAGCCCAGAUGCUGAAGAAGGACUGACAAUGAAUGUAGCCAUCAAGAAGCAGGAUGUUAUAAAAACUAGUACAGUGACAAUAAAAGGAGAGUCUAAGCUUGCAACUCCGCAUAGUAUAUACGAAUACGAUCCAGUUUCAAUGUUGACCCUACCACCAAUUAUAUCUUUGCCAAGAGUGGAGAAUGUUAAAGGAAUUUUGCGCACAAACAGUACAAAAACACUAGAUAGAACUGACAGUGCAGUCAGAUUAUCAAGACCGACACUCAACAGAGUUGAAAGUUUGAAAAACAUGGAUCCUAACAAAAUCAACAAAGUUUUAGCAAGAGUUCCUCACAGAAGUGCAUCAUUCUUGAAUAUUCCAGCACAUUUAGCCCCAGAAAAACCUCCAUUAACUAAAAGCAAGUCUACUGUAGGGGUGCCAUCGUUAGCCUCCAGUGAAUUGAAAUUAAGUUCCCUCCCAGAUACACCAAUUAUUAAAAGUAACAAUUUGCCUAGAUUCUUCGCAGACAGUCCGUCUUAUAUACCUGAUUACAAAGAGGAAACUAGUUUGCAAAGUAUAAAACAGCAAUCUGCUAAGAUGUUACAAUUGAACGAUUUCAGCAUGCCCCGGUAUUAUGGCGCAGUUUCAAAAUCUACAGAACAUCUAUCUGUACAGGAGAGUAAAUCUAUGCCUGAUUUAAGGAACCCCCAGUCUACAGGAAAAGUUAGUAAGCGACUAGUAAAAUUAAGAAGUAGAUUAAAGCCAUUAGUGAUAAGAAAGAGCUCUGAAGAAAAGUUGUGAACUUUAAUAAUGCAGAAGUUGUGAAGUUGUGAAAUAUAUUAAUGCAGAACAAACUUUAGACAUAAGUUAAGUUUAAGUUAAAUUAAGUGUUCUGAUCAAAGAUUUGCUUGUAAAAACUUGUAUAAAAGCAAUAAUUUAAUUUUUUUGUUUGACGGUUAUAUCAUAAAGAGAAAAGAAUAUGAUUAAAUUAUUAAAUGACAAACAAUGACGUAUGUAUGACAGUUUAGAGACGUGGGACUAAGUUAAACAGAUUUACUAUGACAAAUAACUUCGUUUCGACAUUUCGACAAAAAUAUAAAAAAUGCAAUAAAUGAGGAAAGUGAUAAAUUUUAAUUUGUAUAGAAUAAACUAUGUAAAUAAUCUAAUAGACAAUGAAAAACGUCAGUAUUCUGUUGCUCAAACAACGUACCUAGUGAUUGUGAUUAAUAUUAACUAAUGAUACAUAAUGUACUUAAAUCAAGUAAACAGAACAACUUAAAAUAGUAAGUACCUACUUAUUUUAUGAAGUAAAUUUCUAGUCACAAAUUAAUCUUACUUAACUAAUCUUACAUUGUUAUAUUGAAAUACGAAUUAAAUAAACAUUGACUAUUUUAUGAAAUUGUUGACUUAACAACUUAUGAUUUAUAUUAAUUUAUUAACUUUCUAGCUACUAUAACAAAUUAUUAGCUCGCAUUGAAUGAAAAUUUCAACAAGUUGAAUGAAACGCGUGGUACAAUUAAAUAAUUCGUAAUGUAAUAAUGAUUGCUUAGACUAAGGUAUAUUGAAUUAUUUGACUUUAUUAUAAAAUGUGAUUAUUUCGCAGUAAAAGUAGGCACAGUAGACAACAGUUUGAAAAAUAGUUAUCAAGUAAUUUUUACAUCAUCAUAAAGUGAUAAGUUAAGUCAUAAACUGAAUAUACAUAUUAUUACUUUCUUUCUACGUCUAUUUUUUUUUCUUUAUUUAUUGGAAAAAAUCAAUUCUUUAAAAAAAAACUUCAAAACUUUUGAUUUCUUUUAUAGCCUCGUUGUCAGUGGUUUUGUCUUCGCAGAGUUAUAAUUAAAAUUUUUGUUUUUGACUUUGUUUUUGUUUAUAGCAUUGAGUUAUGCAUAAAUUCGCGUUAUUUUUGAAAUAGGAAAUUAGUAUUAUUUAGAAGGAAGGUUAAUAAGAUAUAAAAAAUGCCAAAAACAGUUUCCCAAGUUUAUAAUACUGUAAUAACGUCAAAUAUAAUUCAUAUUCGUUGUAUAAUAUAUAUGUUUGUAUUCGAUAGUAUUUAUUAUUCAUAGAUGCUUAAUACGAUAUCAAUAAUUAUGUCUCUGCAUAAUAUUUUAACUAUUUAUUAUAGCUGUUUAUUGUAUUGUGUCAAAUAUUAUAAUGUGAAACAAAAAUAAAGUGUUCCCAAGAUAACGCAAAA